CAUCGAUUUUUAUUUCUGCAAAGAAAAACGAAACUUUUUCCAGUACAAAUCCCCACAAUGCCCUGGUCGGUUCUAAGCAGGCUGUGCCGCCAGCUCAACUCGGCGGACUACUUCUUCGGCGUGGACUACUUGAUGGCCGUCGGUGGGCUUCGACUGGGCGGUGCCGGCUCGCGUGGGCUGCGCUUUUGCUGGGCGGUGUACCGUGCGGUGGUGCUGGUGGGGUUGCUCGUGAUGACGUGGCAACUGGUCACGGAUGUGGUCCGCGGAGGGAAUCCGGGAGUAACGAUGCAAAGCGUCCACGUGGUGAUUGAAGGGGUGUGGACGGUGGUACGAGCUGGGAUCGUUGUGCGGAAUUACGAAUCGAUUGUGGUUGUUCGGAGGUUUGUCAAUUUGGAACAUGGAAGGCAGAACUCUUUUGGAAUUGUUCGACUGGUUAGCUUAGUUGUGCUGUUUGGUCCAAUGGCGAGGAAGACAUUCGUCAGGUACAACAGUUUGGACUUUCCGUUGAAGUUGAGUGACUUUAGUGUCACUUUGCACAUGAUUUGUGAGAACAUCUACCGCUACGUCAUGCCGAUUUGUAUUACUUGUACAGUACUGGCGAACAACAUCACCAUCUACCUGAUCCUCAAGGGACUCAUCAACGAGUUAGGCAGCAUCGUCAAGCAGUACAAGGAACUGUUGGAUCGAACCAAAGCUCGAACCGCAGCCCGGCUGGAACGCGUGUCCGGAACGCUGAACCAUCGACGCCGCAUGGAGAAGCACUUUUACUGGAUCCACCUGCACGAAGAGUUUCAAACCUGUCUUCAGCGUCACGAGCAGCUGCUGGAAACCGUGGACGUGGCAAGUUCUCUGCUAAAUGGUACCUUUCUAGCUGCGUACUACGCGGCUAUGCUGAAAAUGAUCUACGGGUUCAUCUUUCUGUGCUUGACGGAAUCGAUCGACAUCCAGAACUAUCUCCGGAUGGUGCCGUUCGAGUUCUGGAUCCUGACCGGACUGGGGGCACAUCUGAUUGAUAAGAACCGCUCCAUCGGCCAGGUCAUCAACGGCAUCAACUGGGAGCAGGAGCUGGAGGCGGAGCCCCCGUUCGCCUGCCGGUUCCGCCCGAUGAUCGUGCUGGUGAUGCGGGCCAUGCGCAACUCGCACCGGCGCCAGCUGGGCCUGACCUGCUACGGAAUUGUGGACUUUACCGCCAACGAGCUUUCCGCCCACGCGGACCGCUUUUGCGCGAUGGUGUGCGCCGGUUUUAACUCUAUUUUCUCGAGAUUUUGAAAAUUUUAAGUGGUUGAAAAAAGACA